CAUGGAACUCAAAAAAACUUCACAGGAACAAACGGAAUAAUCAUAUCGACCACCUAGCGUAGGAGCGCACAGCGUACCAGCCCUGCUUAUUCCUCACCAUGCAAGCUCUGGGACGCUCUGCUUUGCGUCUCACGCAUCGGCCAGUCGCCCGCUGGCCAGUCUUCGCAACGAGCUACCGCAUGCUUGCCGCGACAGCCACUCGAGGGGCUCUUUCAAGCCCGUUGAAUCUUCCGAAAUGGCUUGAAAGUAAUUCUCAUUUACUUAAGCCGCCUAUCAACAACUAUUGUGUGUAUAAUGACGACGUGACUGUCAUGAUUGUUGGCGGCCCCAAUGAACGCACCGACUAUCACAUCAACGAGACUGCUGAGUGGUUCUACCAGUACAAAGGCGACAUGUUAAUGAAGACGGUCGACGAUGGGAAGUUCAGGGAUAUACACAUACGAGAAGGAGAGAUGUUCCUUCUCCCACCAAACACUCCUCACAACCCCGUCCGCUUUGCCAACACGGUGGGAAUAGUCUUGGAACAACGUCGGCCUGAGACCUCGCUAGAUCGACUGCGUUGGUAUUGCCAGAACUGCGGCGAGCAAGUCCACGAAGCUGCCUUCUACUGCACCGACUUAGGAACGCAGUUAAAGGAUGCCGUCAACAAAUUCAAGGCCGACAAGCAAGCAAGAACCUGUCGCAGCUGCGGUACCAUUUGCGACGUAGCCCCGAAGGGCCAUACGAAGAAAGAUUAACCGCACACAAUACUCGGCCCCUCACCGGUUCUUCGAAAUUCGCUCAACACAAAUAUUAGCUUAACACGUACAAUAAUACAAUAUUCAUCUUUUAAAGCCG